UAUUAGAUUACAUGUUGAGUAAUGGCAGAUGAAUGGAAUGAACUUUGUAAUGAGGUUAUUAGUGUCGAGUCAUGAGGGAGCUUUAGAGGAUUACGGAGAUUUAUAUACAGGAUGAUUUAGAGAAAAAAAAUAUACAUGUUUUAUACAGGGACUGCCGCGCAUAGGCCUGAUGGCUCCUUGUGUACCUUCCCUAAUUUUCUUAAGUUCUUUAUGUUACUCUCAUUGCUUUGCAUGUUGUCAUUACCUUAAGCAGUAAGUGUUGUGUGCACCAACAUGCAAGAAAAAAAAAAACGAUAAAUUUGACAUAAGAAAUCGGUACAUUACGAACUUACACACACACACACACACACACACACACACACACACACACACACACACACACACAGAGAGAGAGAGAGAGAGAGAGAGAGAGAGAGAGAGAGAGAGAGAGAGAGAGAGAGAGAGAGAGAGAGAGAGAGAGAGAGAGAGAGAGAGAGAGAGAGAGAGAGCAUAUAAUUCCUUUUUGUUAUAUAUAUUGGCAUUGUAGACAGCUACAUAAAAAAGUGUUGCUUUAAGCCUGCUGUAAAUUUUGUUUGAGUAAAAUAAAAAUAUGCUGCCUGGCCAAUAAUAACCUCGUGACCACCACCACCACCACCACCACCACCAAGACCCAACAAGUCCUCAACAGUCCCCUGCCCUCCCCACUCUCAUCGAUGCUUCCAGUCACCCUACCCAUCCCCCAACACACACACACACACACACACACACACACACACACACACACACACACACACACACACACACCACACCGAGGCAUCCUGCAGUGUUUCCUCGUCUCGUCCUCUCCUCCCGGCCCUUGUGCUUCCCGCCGCCUCCCGGUGUUGUCUGGACCAAAACUCGCGGCAGGUUUUUUUUUUUUUUUUUUUAAUCCACUUUGUAGGCUUGUGGGGUUUUACGAGUGAUUGUUUCAGGGAUGCGCACUUAAUUUAUUUUUGGUGGUCCCGCCUGGUUUGGUUUUGGCUGAAGUGGUAAGUCUGUUUUGAGGUCAUUAGUGGAACUGCGGGUAAUUGCACUGAAGUGACAGGAAAAGUGGGCGUAUUAGCUGUUUUUUAUAUUAAUGUUGUAGGUGAAAGUCUGAUUUUUGUCGAGUUUAAUAGGUGAAAAUUUAUGUGUUUAUGUCAGAUCAGUAGUGGUACUGCGGGUAAUUGCAUUGAGGUGAGAGGAAAGUGUGGGGUAAUAGUUGUGUUUUGUAUUAGUAUUGUAGAUUUGUAUGUAUGGUUUCAAUUUUGGUGAGUGAAGAUUUUUGGAUGGUUUGAGAUUGACUGGGAGGAUUUAUGGAUGCUUUGGGUUUACAGGGAAGGUUCAUGGAUGGCUUAAUGGUUGGAGCCGGAAGAUUUUUGUCUGAUCAGGUUUUUUAUUAUGAUAGGUUUUUGGGAAUGGUUUAGAAUUUGAUGAGGGGAAGCUAAUGGAUGGUUUGGGACGAGGGUUUAAGUGAGGGAAGGCCUUGAAGUUCAUGAAGGAAGGUUUUUGGACCGUUUGCAAUUUGGCGAGGCAAAUUAGGGGAGAGCGGGGCUAGUUGCAUCGCGGGUAAGUUGCAUCAGUGAGCAUAACUGGCAUCUCAGCGGCUGCAUUAGGGUGACAGGCGGUUCAAAUGUGUGUUGGUCAAUGCGGACAUCGCUGCGGCAGAGGGAGGUGGAUUGCGCAAGUGCUCUUGAAUUUAUGAGAAAUUUACUGAUUUCGGCCUUGAAAUGGUUCGGAACUACAAAAGAAAGACUGAACGUGGGUCAGCAACACCCCAACUAAUGCAGGAGGCUGCUGAUUUUGUUCGAAAUAAGAAUAAAUCAGUGAGAGAGUCCACACAACUGUUUGGUGUCCACUACUUAACCUUACAACGAUUUAUUCACAAAACCUCUGGCAACACUGCUAAAAACAAUACACAUGUAGGAUAUGCCAAACCAAGACAAGUAUUUACAUGUGAGCAGGAAGAAGAAUUAGUAUCCUAUCUGAAAACAGCAGCAGCAAUUUAUUUUGGUCUUUCUCCGAGAGAAGUCAAGGAACUGGCUUUCAAAUGCGCCAAUGAAGCAAAGAUAGAAAUGCCUGAUAAUUGGCGCAAUGAUAAAUAUGCUGGAAAAGACUGGUUUUCAGGUUUCAUGAAGCGACAUGGACAAGAACUCUCAAUUAGACAACCUGAAGCGACAAGUUUGUCCAGAGCUACAAGUUUCAACAAGCAUAAUGUAGAGUUAUUUUUCUCCAAGCUUUCUUCUCUCAUGGAUAAGUAUAAAUUUGAACCUCAAGACAUAUGGAAUGCUGAUGAAAGUGGAGUGACAACUGUUCAGAAACCUCGUGCAGUGGUAGCAGUUAAGGGCACAAAGCAAGUUGGCUCUCUUACCUCAGCUGAGAGAGGACAACUUGUUACAUUUUGUGUUGCUGUCAGUGCCAUUGGAGGGUCUGUUCCUCCCAUGUUGAUAUUUCCACGGAAAAACUACCAUGAUCAUUUCAUAAGGGAUGGCCCAGAAGGAUCAAUUGGAGCCUGUCACCCUUCUGGAUGGAUGACACAGGAUAACUUCUUACUGUUUAUGAAGCAUUUCAUUAAGCAUACAAAAGCAACUGUCGAGAAACCUAUCUUGCUGUUGCUAGAUAAUCACCAAUCUCAUGUUAACUAUGAUGUUAUCACAUUAUGCAAGGAAAAUGGAGUGGUUUUGCUGUCAUUUCCUCCACACUGCUCCCACAAGUUGCAGCCCUUAGAUAGGUCAGUUUAUGGACCUUUCAAGCGUUACCUGAGUUCAGCUCAGAAUGACUGGUUACGGAGUAAUCCUGGAAAAAGAAUGACCAUUUACGACAUUCCUUCUCAAGUAAAAAAAGCUUUUCUGAGAGCUUCAACUCCCAUUAACAUCACGAGUGGCUUUAAAGUCAGCGGCAUCAGUCCUUUGAAUACAAAUAUCUUUGAUGACUGGGAGUUUGCUCCCUCUUCAGUAACGGAUCGCCCAGUGAGGCAGCAAUGUGAACAGGAUGCGGCCAAAGCAAUGCAAGAUGUCUCAGAGGUUUCAAAAUCGGUAGAUGAACAUUGGUUUUCUUCCACUUCUGCAUCAAUGGAACCCCAUCCUUCCUCUUCUACAGCCAGUGAACCCCUUCCUUCCACUUCAACUGCAGUAGGACCACAACCAGCAGUAGCCUAGCUUCUUCCAUUACUGAUCAAGUUGAAACUGCAAAUGUUGGUGAGUCUUCCCUUUGCCCAGAAAAAAUCAUGCCACAUCCAAAAGCAACACCUCGGAAAAAGAAAUGUAAUACAGGCAGAAAAGCACGUAAAAGUGCCAUAUUAACAGACACACCUGAAAGAAAUGCUCUGUUUGCUGAAGCCAUUAAGAAAAAAAACAAAAAGAAUGAUGUCAAAGAAAAGAAAGCCACCAAGAAAAGGAAGCAGGAGUUUUUACACAAAGUUCGAUCCAAAAAACCUGUUGAAAAGUACGACAUAUCCAGCUCAGACUACGAAGACUGGUAUUGUCUGAUUUGUGUAGAACCAUAUUCCAAUAGCAGGCCCCGGGAGAAAUGGAUUCAAUGUAGUAUAUGCAGAGGAUGGUCUCAUGAGGAAUGUUUGGGAACAGAUGGAGGUAUAAUUUUAUAUUAUAUUUGUCAUAACUGUGAAUCUGAUGAUGAAUAAAUUUAAGGUUCAUCGGUUCAGUUUAUUGUGGAUUUCUAUUUUCUUAUCAUUUAAAUAAACUCUCAAAAGUUAUAGUUUGUUUAUGAUGCAACUUGCCCCUCAUACUGAUGCAACUUGCCCCGCAGAUGGGGUAAGUUGCAUCAAAUAUUUUUUUAGAUAUAUAUCAAAAUUAAGUAUAUAAGAAAUGAUUUUCAUUAAUAUCUACGCAUGUGAACUUGAUGAUGAGGUCUAGCAUAUUUAUAUACGAC